UGUAACUGCACCAUAAACGUCUAGUGCUUCCUUCGCACAUAGAGCUUGUACUCUAGAUGCCUUAAAGUAAAGCAUUGUGUCAUCAGCAAAAAGCAAAUGAGAGACCCCUGGCAAAACUACCUGUUUCGAGUUACCAUUUGUGUUCGUUUUUGUCUGCGCUGUCAUUGAUCUAGUGCCUGAGUACUCCCUACCUACUCAUCACUAUUGUACACCUGCUCCACUCUCAGACCAACCGCGAGCGAAGCCGCGACCCCACUGAGCGCGUGUUCCCAUGGCGACGGAGGUGACCCUCCGCCGCUUCAACCUCUCGGACGUGGACGCCAUGAUGGCAUGGACGUCGGACCCCGAGGUCGCCACCUUCUGCCGCUGGGAGCCCUGCGCGUCCACGGAAGCCCUGCUCGCCCACAUCCGGGACACCGUGCUCCCGCACCAAUGGUUCCGCGCCAUCUACCUCGCCGGCGACGGCCGCCCCGUCGGCGCGGUGUCCCUGGAACCCACGGCGGACCGGUGCCGCGGGGAGCUCGGGUACGUGGUGGCCCGCGCGCACUGGGGUAGAGGCGUGGCCACCGCCGCCGUGAGAUGCGCGCUCGCCGCGGUGUUCGGCGAAGUGGCGGGCCUGGCCCGCGUGGAGGCGCUCGUGGACGUGGACAACCCGGCGUCGCAGCGCGUGGUGGAGAAGGCCGGGUUCCGGCGCGAGGGCGUCCUGCGGCGCCACUACUGGCACAAGGGCCGCGUCAGGGAUCUCGUCAUGUACGGCUUCGUCUCCGGCGAUCCCUUCCGCCCGUCACAUGAGGGUCGGGAAUCGAUGGAGCAAGAAGCGACAGCCCGGACGCCGGAGCGCGCGGACGAGGUGACCAUCGGGCUGUUCGACCUCGCCGACGCCGACGCCAUGACGGCGUGGGCGGCAGACCCCGUACUAGUACCACCUACGGCCUCCAUGGCGUCGGGGGUCUACUUCUCCCCGUCCCGCGGCGCCCUGCUCGCGUUCCUCCGAGGCACCGUGCUGCCGCACACCUGGGUCCGCGCCGUCUGCCUCGGCGGCGCCAUCGUGGGCGCGGUGACUGUAUCGCCCACAGAAGACCGGUGCCGCGCGGAGGUCGGAGUCGCGCUGGCGCGCGCUCACCAGGGCAGGGGCGUGGCCGCGGCGGCCCUGAGGCGCGCAGCGACCGCGGCGUUCGGGGACCUGGAGGGCGUGGAGCGCGUGGAGGCACUCGUGGACGCGGACGACGCCGCGUCCCGGCGCGCGCUGGAGGAUGCCGGGUUCCGCCGCGAGGCCGUGCUGCGGAGCCACCGCGCCGCCGGGGACGUGGUCGUCUACAGCCUCAUCUCCACCGAUGAUCCACUCCACGACUGAUGCAGUGCAUGCUGUUGUAGCGUUGUUGGCUUGUUGCCAUGAGAUGCUAAUAAAAUUGACAGGCUCACGCGUCAUCAACACGAUCGAAGUUGCCAA